GGUCCCUUCCGCCGGGGCCGGGCUUCCGGGCGGUCAGGUGACGGCGGCCGCUGGCAGGGGAGCGGCCCCGCGGCUCGGGGGAGCGACGGCACCCCGGAUUCCAACAGGAAAAUUUUCUUGAUCUUGUGUCUGUGCAGCUCCUCAGGAUGGCAAGUAAAGGACCCACAACUUCCACAUCAACAAAGAACUCCAGUACUGGAGGGACCAGUGGCAGCAGUAGCAGUAAUGGUGCUGGGGAAAAUGCGAAUCAGGACAACACUUUUGAAUGUAACAUCUGUUUAGACACUGCCAAGGAUGCAGUUAUCAGCUUGUGUGGACAUCUCUUCUGUUGGCCUUGUUUACACCAGUGGCUAGAAACCAGGCCAAACAGACAAGUAUGCCCUGUGUGCAAGGCAGGAAUCAGUCGAGAUAAAGUUAUUCCUCUGUACGGAAGAGGCAGCACUGGACAACAGGACCCCAGAGAGAAAACUCCGCCACGACCCCAAGGACAGAGACCUGAACCAGAGAACAGAGGGGGAUUCCAGGGCUUUGGGUUUGGGGAUGGUGGCUUCCAAAUGUCAUUCGGAAUUGGGGCGUUUCCCUUUGGUAUAUUUGCCACAGCGUUCAACAUAAACGACGGGCGACCUCCUCCAGCUGUUCCAGGGACUCCUCAAUAUGUGGAUGAGCAGUUCCUAUCCCGCCUCUUCCUGUUUGUGGCUCUGGUGAUAAUGUUCUGGCUGUUGAUUGCAUAAAUCUCUUCCAUUAUUCUGUAUAUUCCUGGCCAAGGCCAGGAAAACAGUUACAAACUGCAUCCCCAUUCCCAUUUUAAACCUCUUGGUGUCUGGUUCCAUAGCUAACCAUGGGUUUCGGAAAUUGGUGGUACCACAGCACAGUGAAGAAUCUCGCAUUUUGCACCGGAGUUGGAAAUUAAACAUUGGUUAAAAAGUGCAUUUCAGCUCAGCUGUCUUGUACAACAGGUUCCUGCCACAAACCAUGGGCCUAGCUUUGAGCUCUGCUCCUAAAAGGAGUGCUGCUUUGAAAUCCUGCGCCAAGCAGUUACAACAGGUUCAUGUGAAAGACAGUUGCCCCAAGGUAGGCUGGACAGGUAAGGAAACUCUGCAGUGUGAACAGCAUCUCGUGCUUGGCAAAUGUGACGGAUCUGCCAGAGCUGUGGGUGUUAUUUGUUGUCUUCACAUCAACAUCCGGCCUUCUUCAGGAAAUCAUCUGCAGCACUGCUGGGAAUCCUUGGGCACAGCACAUGAAGCAAAUGGAACCAGGCGUGGAGACUGGUUUCUUUUCUUGCUGUUUUUUUCCCAGAGUGAUGGAAAACUCCUGCCUGAAGCAGCUCUAAUGGCUGUUAGAAGGGAUACAACUUUAUGCUGCAAUUUUUUGAAGCCUGAAUUUGAUGGAGCCAGACACUGGAAGAUUCUCUGGUGAAGCCGGGUGGGGAGGCCGAACAGUAUGACAUACCUGUCUGCCUCCUCCAGCCCUGCUCCCUACUGACAAAACAGUGUUGUCUUCCUUGGUUCUGUGCAGCAGCCGUUGGCUGCACUUAUGGAUAAUCCCCUCACAACCUUGCCACCAUAGCUAUGUUUCUUUUUCCCAGGGCUGUGAGACUUUCUACGCAAGGUCAUGUACUCCAAAUAAAAUCCUGUAACAGACCUGAGAUCAGCUUGUUUGGGGAGAGGAGCAAGGGGCAUCUUUAAGUGAGCUUUGAGCUUAAAUUUGUCAAACUGUAAAAUUAUACAGGAGGAAAAAUGAGAUACUGCCUCUGCUGGCACGUGCCACAGUAGGGAACGUUUGGAAGAGCUUCUCUCUGCACCUGUGUACAGCUACAACACGCCACAACAGAAUGGCUCUUGUGUGAGAGUCCCUGCAGUAUCUACCAAAGAUAUUCAUUUGAAGUGCUGGAGGACACCACAACCAUUUCUGUGUUGAGGGGAAAAUAUUUCAGAAGGUGAGCACUCUGUAGCCUCUUCGGAAUCCUGUUGGAUAUACAGCUUUAAAAAGUAUUCCUGAUGUAUUUGUAUAGAUUCCUUCAGAACAGCAGAUACAAUGGAUUUCCUAACAAGAUGAACAAUUUUGAUAUUUCUCUGACGAGGCAAUUCCAUGUUUUUCUUUUACUGUUUUUAGAUCGUUUUGAUUCAGAUCGCCAAUAGUCAUAAUGAUUUCCUGCAAGGUGAAUAUUGUGACUUUCCUCACAACAGACAUACAACUUACAAAACAAAUCAACUCAUAGAAACUUUGUUUCAGUAGUUAGACUUUUUCUCAUGUGUAUGGAUAAGGUAUGUGUACGGGCAGGGCACUUUGAUUAAUUGUUGUAGAAGCUUAUUUAUGUAACUAUAAAAUGUUUACUUUGAGUAGCGUGUCAGAGGAUGACUGAUGUGUAACUUGCCAGCCUCCAAAAUUCCACCUGGCCGGAAGAAGUCUGAGAAGCAUCUGCAGUGUUGUCACGUCUAGUCAGACUUAUACCUGACUUCACCUGGCCGAACAGAUCACUCACGUUAAGCCAGUCAAAGUGCUGGUUCGACUUCUGUCGUACGGCGCUUCCAGAAUGUUACUGUGGUCUGCACAGGGUUCUUCUCAAGUGCGUAGAACCUCACCUUCAUCUCUACGUGGUUCUGAGGCGCGUAAUGCGAGGACGAGGAGUGGAGGCGGCGGCAGGCCGGAGGUCGCCUUGCUCACAGCUGCUGCGGGCCCGGGGCAGCACCCCUGGUGCUGAGGGGAGCUCGGGUGCAGCCUUUUCCUGCUGAGGACACAGACGUGUAACGGGGUCAGAGGGGCCGAACCGUUUCUGAUCUAAAGCGCAGCGUGUGAACGGCUGGGUUAUUGAAGCGUGCCAGGGGUGGCUGACGGGCCGUGGCUGGAGCCGUUCCCCUCCCUGUCCGCUGCCUUUCACCGCGGUGACGGUGACUUACAAGAACAAUAAACGCCACCCGUUUCACACC